GGAGAGGGCCUGUAUAUAAUCUGCAAGGCUCAGCAGCGCGCCCCAGAAGGAGCUUAAGUUUAGGCAGACUUCACUUUGGUGAAAAACGACAAGACAGAGCCAGCAAAAUGUGCAAAGGGUUAGCUGCAUUACCAGCAACAUGCCUCGAAAGGGCCAAAGGAAUAAAAACAAAGUUAGGAAUCCUGCUGCAGAAGCCGGAAAUCAUUACUGACUACAUCAUCCCAUACAAUGACAAAGGGGAGAAACCAGCCAAGCCUGCAAGACCAUCCCAAACAGAAGUGCUGCAGUGGCGUGAAUCUCUGGAGAAGCUUCUGAUGAACAGCUAUGGUUUGGCUACCUUCAAGACCUUCCUCCAAUCAGAGCACAGCGAGGAGAACAUUGAGUUCUGGAUGGCCUGUGAAGACUACAAGGCAACCAAGUCACCUAUUAAGCUGGCCUCUAAAGCAAAGAAGAUCUAUGAAGAUUUCAUAGAGAAGGAAGCUCCUAAAGAGAUCAAUGUUGACCACUACACUAAAGAAGUCACCAUGAAGAGCCUUGUCGAACCUUCGACAUCAACCUUUGAGCUGGCCCAGAAGAGAGUUCUCUCUUUGAUGGAGAAGGAUUCCUUCAGCAGGUUUCUGAAAUCUGAACUUUAUCUGGAGCUGAUAAAGUAGCAAUGUACCUGGGCUGUGCAAAGCAUGGGUGGAGAGGGACCUUAGGUGUCCUCCCAGACCCAGUGAAUGAAUAAACCCUCACUGCUGGUAGCUAAAUGAAACUAUCAUUGCAAGUGUUAUUUUUCUUUAAAACUCUGGGCACUAAAAUGACAUCACUUACAUCUUGCACCUGUCUUUGCAUAGCCCCAAAAUAAACACAGACCAAAUACGGCUAAGUGUUUGUACCUUCAAUGUUGUACUUGUCUUUCAUGUGUGUUUUUUUUCUUAUUUCUGCUAUGAGAUUAUACCAAUUGAUAAAUAAUCAUGUGGCUUCAAACAAAUUCUUGGGCAAAUCAAAUCAUUCCUUUAGGAUUCUUAUCACCAUCAUAUCAAGAAUCCAGAAAAAUGCUUUGAAAAUAAAAUUAAAGACAUCAGAGUCCUUCUACAGUGUAAGCAACUUCUUAUCCUUCCUAUACUCAGAAAACUGUAACUCUGAUUUUACAGUUGCAGAACGUAAUUCAUUGGAGUCAGCAAAAUCACCAAACAGUUUUGCAUUUACAGGAAAAACAUACUAGAAAUAUUAUGUGAAUUCUAUAAACAUGUGGCACCAUACCACCUGAUGAUAUUUUAAAAUACAACAAAUAUGCUGAUGGUUUGCAUUACGCAAUUAUACAGUGAGUGCACCAUGUAAGCAAAUAACAGAUUCGUGCUUACUUGGCUUUAUUGGGACACAAGCUGUCUCUAACCAACCAUCUUAUCUGUACUGUAUUGAGGGCAUCCAUCUAAACUGUAGGCCGCAUCAUAAAGUGAGACAGCAUGUACACAAGUUCACACAGUUACACGUUCAGUCACAACAGAUCAUCUUACUACAACUUGCAUGAGUAACUUCAUCUCCCAAUUCACCUGAAAAUUAAAAUCUCAUAAGCAGCAGGGUAUAUUUCUAACAUUCCGCGCUGAUGUACCGUACUUUAGAGGCAACACGGUUGUGUAUCACUGGUAUGAGGAAGUGAUGGAAAGGCUACAGUUUUGAUUACUUAGGUGGUUUCAGUUAGAUUUUGUUAAAGAAAAAGCAAUGGCAAAAGAACAUACACUUCACUACUGAUUAUUUCAACUAAUUAAUUCAAUGUAUCACAAGACUCCAAUAAAUGCUUCACACUCUGACAAAUUAAUGAAAUAAGCAAAAAAAGGUGCCAAGAUUCACAGUUAAUGCACAGCAGUAAGUAUCACAUACAACAUAAUUCAACAAGUGAACCAUACACAAUCUUGUAUGUUUAUAUUCAAAUCAUGGGCUUAGCAUAUAAUCUAUGCAUUCAAUCCACACAUGAACUUCACACUAACAUAUUAAGCCAGCAAGACCUUAUAUAUGUUAUAAAUGCAGCCAUUAAUUUUAAUUUCCUAAGGCUCCAACAUAUAAUUUACUUUCUAACAUGGAAAUUAUCUUUUAUCAUUUACGAACAUCAAGAAACAUUGAACAUGAACUAGAACACUAUCUCUGGAAAAUUUAAAGCAACAAUUAUUUUUCUUUGCCUGGGAGAAUUUUGUUUCUCUGUUUAAGUUGGGUUAACUUUCAGGGGUACUAAGAUGGAACCAACUCUGUCACAGAAUGGCAGGAGUGUAUUGGUUAACUCGAAGGAAAACAAACAAAAGUAUGGAGGUGAUGGAGGUAGAAAGUAACACUUGUUAACUUCACAUGAACUGUGUUAUGCCUCAAAUAAGUAAAGCAUUUUAAGAAAAAAAGGCCUGAUGGAAUCCAGACAGUCCAAAAUCAAUCAGAUAAUAAAGAUCACCAAAUGACCCUUAAGGCAUAUAUUCAAGAAAAAUUUACUAGAGCAAUAAAUACCUAAAUGAACAUCAAAUCAUCUGAAUAAACAGUUUGAAUUUAAAAUGGAGGACCCAUACUUUUAUAUGAAGCUAGAAGAGGAGCAAAUUAAUCUUAAUGUAGAACUCUGUAAUUCCUUAAGUGUGAUAUAGAUUUUCUUUCCUACAAAUAAACAUGGUUGACACAAGUAAAUAUCAAAGUUCCAUACUGUUUUCAUGAAAUCUUUAUAGAGAUAAAGUAUUGUGUGCCAUUAAAAAUAUUCUAUAAAUGCACACUAAAAAGUUCUGAAAUAGUUGCUCCCUCCAUCAGUACUUAUAUAUAUUCAAACAACGAAUGGAAUGAUUUGUCUGCAUUGUAUUCCUUGCCCUUAAGAUAAACAACAUCUACAAUGUUAUCCAAAAUAUUUAAAAGAGAGUACUUAAGAAUUGAUUCCUGUUCUGUAAAUUGUGUAGCCAGUGCAUGCUCCUUAUUAAAAAAUACUCCAUGUAUUGCAUGUGUUAUUAUUUCAGCCCUCACACUCUUCAAUGAAGAAUAAUCUCAUUAAGGAGUCUCAGUAAAUGCUUCAUUUUAUUAUGGUGGAAGGCUGGUGAGAAACCUUGGUGAAGGGCUAAUGCCCUUCGUGCAGGACACAGCCAAGGUUAAAGAGAGUGAGGUCAAUUAGGAAGCAGUGAUCUGGUAAUGCCAAGCCAGAGGUACAGCAUUAGGAUAAUAUCUUGUCAUUUCUGCUUUACAACAAAUAUCCAUUUCUGUACAAAAUGGGAAUAUUUUUGUUUAAGAAGACAGGAGCCGAGAGUUGAUGUCCAGUUUCACUUAAUGUAGCAGUAUUAGCCAGUUUCUGUCCUUCCAUUUUUCUUGGUCAUUGUAAGUAGUGAUUUUACAGUUGACCCAAUAAGGUGACACCUUAUUGAGAGUUGGUUUGACUAAUAAUUGGUUAAGUUGAACACUUUCUGGCUGUAGGCUUGAUGCUGGGUGGUGACGAUCCACUUGUGUUAGGCAGCAUUAGAUGGAGUUGAAACACACCACCUUAAAGCCCGAAACUUUGUCAACUUGGCACAAUUAUCUUGACAAUCACCAUCCAAAAUAAGUACAUUAUAUUUUAAUUAAUGGAAAUUAUCUCAAAAACCAAAAUGAUAAAACAAUCAUAUAUAGUGGAAUGGUUCUGGACUGUAAAUGUGGACCACCAUGAAGUUGUGUUUUCAUCUUGAUACCUAAAUGAAGCAAAUAUUGAAAUCCAUAGUAUUAUUCAUUAUUAAAAAGUUAAUCUUGUGAUUAUUCUGCUUUGUGUGCAAUAUGUAUCUGCUCCAACGGUUUGAACUCUUCACGAUCUGACAGCCUCUAUUGGUCAUAUUAUGCCAAGAAUGGUUUGCAAAAAGAGACAAUUUGCAUGUAAUACAGAUAUGACUAAUGCAAAACUGAUUCACUGUUAUCCUGGCUACUCCACGCACUGAUGAAGGCUUUCUUCUGCAAAGUUGAGGAUAUUUUUAAUCUGGUCAAAUGACUGACAAGAAAUCAUUCAUGUCACUCAGAGAUAGUGAGUGUGUUAUUCAGAAAAUGAAGGAAAGUGUAGCUUCCCAUCUCAAGCCUUGGUGUUCAGGGCAUUAUAUCGUCACAGCAGUCAAUUUAACAAGCCUCAUUAAAGAGAAAUUUAACACCUUUGAACUGCAUUAAAAACAGUGCUACGUUUUGAGCAAGCAAUCCAACUUAGAAAUUGGCAUGUGACUACCACUUUCCAAUACUUUAAUGUUAACUUUAUGAGAUAUUCAUUUAAGAUUCAGUUCUAUAUCUGACAUAGUUGAAACAAAUGGGUGUAAUCAUGAACCAUUUAUUGUUAUCUGUACUUUACUGUUAUUAAUGACUGCAGAGGCCUUUUCCAGUGUUCUGUCUUAUCUUGGAAGAGUUCGAAACCUUAUGAAGUAAACAUAUAUUUCUAUACCAA